GUCGUAUGUCGAAUCGAAAACUCGAAAUGUCGAUUGAUUUCAACCAACAGUAUUUAUAUGUGUGGUGUUGUGAAUUUCCCAAAUUUAGGGCGUGAAUUAAAUUAAACACAAAAAUCAUUUAAAAAGUAAAAGUUGCCACAAUAAAGCUGCAGCGUUUCCCAUGUUCUCUCCCUUUUCCGUGUUUUAUUUUUCCUUCUCAGUUUUAAAUGUGUUAUAAAUAAGUGUGCCAUGUACCCCACCACUAAUAAUGAUAUUCAACUGUUUUGAUGCUGUCAAAGUGUUAGGUUAUGGUAGUGAUUCGUGGGGCCCCAAAUAAAAAGACGCGGCGUUGCAGCAGUUUGAGGUAGAGAUGAGCACUUGGGCCGCCAGAAUGCAUCGGCGCGCCGCCACUUUUAGUAAUGUGGUCACUUCCUGUGGCCACCCUUCAGGCCCUUAUCCUCGCAGGUUGGAGAAAGUCAAGUUUGGGGUCCCACUCGAGGAGGUGUGCAAAAAUGAUAUUCCUGGACCAUUGUUGGUUCUCAUCCUUAAGUUAAACAAAGAAGCCCCUUAUAGAAAAGACGUGUUCAGGGCACCGGGGCACCAAGGCGCCAUGAAAAAGCUCAUUCAUUUUCUGCAAACGGGCCGGUUGGUCAAUAUGGAUAAUUUUAGCGUCUACACCAUCGCCAGUGUGUUGAAAAAGUUUCUCAGGAAAGUACCAGGCGGCAUUUUUGGACGCGAUGUCGAGAUGAAGUUUUUUGAAGUGAUCGAGAUACAGGAUGUACAGGUGCAGAGAGAUGAGAUCUAUAGAUUAAUAACAUCCCUUCCGUCAUAUACCCAAAAACUACUAGUCCUUUUGUUCGGAACAUUUCGAGUGAUUGCGUCGAACAGCGAAAAGGCUAGCACUGGAAUGACGAGCGAAGCUCUGGGAGUCAGCGUGGCACCCAGCUUCUUUCAUUCGUGCGUCAGCGAUGGAAAAACAGCCAAAAUGGAGGACGUGAUGAAAUUUAAAGUGGCUUCUCGAGUAAUGAAACAUCUUAUUGAGGAAUUCGCUUCUUCGAACUUAUUUGGUAAAGACAAUUAUGAAUAUUACGCUCGAGUGACUGGGCGAGUGUUGCGAGUGCAGGGCGAGUGGAUUUGCUGUUUUCAAUAUCCUCCCUCCAAGAGCGUGUUUCCGAACGAAUACGUCGCGCUUGAAAGAUAUUUGUUGGGUCACAUGAACCGCGGAACCGAAACUUGGCUACUGUGCGAGAACCACGACAGAUAUGGCAAUUUUAUGGAAGCUCUAUCGCAAGCCGAAGAAUGUCAAUCUACCCCCGCCUUAUUAGAAACAGGACUUCAACCCCAAGUAAACUCUUCUUCUUUAGGGAUGAUUGCCGAACACACCCUCUUAGAAUCCUGCACUAGAUUAUCCAUUUCUUUGGAACAAAAUGGACUUUUUCAGAAUAAUGCUUCACAUUCGUCUAGUACCAGUCACUCAUCUAAGUUCAGCCACGCAAAAAUGACUUUGGAAGAAUUGAAGGCUGUGAAUGCUUAUGCGGAGAGUACGAGAAGCCUUAGUUAUUUACCACAGGUUCAUGAACGUCAAACAGAAAGAAUGAAAACCAGAUCUCAAUGGUUCCUGGGACCAACCGUCGACUGUCAGAGUUGCGGCGGUUCUCUGGAUAUUCCGUUAAAUAAGGCAGACGUGUCGGCUUUGACGAAUGCCCUUUUAAGACGAUCAUCUUCAGGAACCAUCGUUGGUAUUGCCGGUUUAUCGCUGAGCGCCGAGUCUAUACAAAAACGACCUAGUGUGAAAAGAGCAAAUUCAAGAGAUAAAAGAUAUGUACAGAGAACGGCUAGUAGGAGGAACAAGGAGAACGGAUCGAGAUCUAGCAGUUUUAAGGGCCGAGGCGAAAGAAGAGGAUCAAGUUCACGCUCAAACAGCUUCAAAAUUAAGUACGACAGCAUAUCGAGAUCGUGCAGUUUUAAAAAUAAAGCUGAACUCUGCUCGUGCCCUAUCGAGUCCACUAAUGGAGAAAAUGGUACUCAAGAUGAAACAUUGAUACCGGAUACAACUGCCAAAACUAAGGAAACCAUUUGCGUUACUCUCACGUACAAACCGCGCAUUUAAAUUAUUUUUUUUUAUACAAAGACUGUACUAACAUUAACACCAAAUGCAUUUAAAUAAAGCAUUUCACUGA